AUGGAAAGAAUUAAUCGAAUUCAAACACCAGACUCGUCAUCAUCGCCUCCUUCAAAUGGAAUGUAUCAAGAUUUCAAUACAGAUGUUGCGUCCAAAUUGCCAUCUUGUAUUUAUGGAUCAAUACAACAAAAUCAACAAAUUUAUUGUGAUCAAAUUACAUCACAUACUCAAUUUGCCGAAAAUCAAAUAGAUGAACUCGACUUUAAAAUUCCAAUGCAGUACAUCACUCAACCUGAACUUUUAGAUUAUGCACCUGCAAGUUCCACUUCACAAUCAUCUCAAAGUAUUUUUGGAGGCCCGAUUAAAAAUAGUAGACAACAAAAUACAAAUCGUGAUCGGAAACGGACUUCCAGAACUGUUCCAAAUGGUUCUAUAAAUUCUGCAUUUGACGAACUCCGAGUUCAUGUUCCAACUUUUCCAUACGAGAAGCGUUUGAGUAAAACAGACACAUUGCAAUUAGCGAUUGCAUAUAUUUCACUGCUCAGAGAAGUAUUAGUUGCUGAUUAUGAUCCUUUAACUUACGUUGAAAAAUGUUUACGGGGUGAAAUCAACGCUGACCAGUCGAGUUGGAAUACUAGUGACUUAAUUGCACGACUGUCAUGGAUAAACUGGCAAAAGUUGGGAGUUGUUCCAGGACGGACUCUGUUGGCAACUUUAGCACUUGGUGCAGAUUCUUCUCCUUUUAUGGGACCUCAUUUUUAAGAACAUUUUUUCAAGAAAUUUCUUUUAACGAGAAGAAAACAUUUUCUUGUAUUUGACACAUCAUUUUCAGAAAAAAUAAAAACUUAUUGCACGUGGUGAAAUAAAUCAAAGAAUAGGCCGAUCAGAACUUACGCCAAUCACGUGUCGAUGCUUCAAAGCGGAAAAUUGAAAUCAAUUGAGGGUGAAGCUGUUUGUAAAAUUUUAUUGCAAC